AAACAAUGACGAGAAGAACAUAUGUUAUUACUGCAAUGAGAUGUUCCAUAUCGAACUGUGUGAUGUUGUGAAGCGAUGCUCGGAAAAUGUGAUAUGCUAUUUGGAACGGUACUCAAAGCAUGGCAGACAGACAUUUAGAUCCGGAUGUCUAUCACAAGAGGUAUGCGCAAACGAAUCUGAAACUGCUGGUAACGACCCAAACAGAUGUGUGGACUGUUGUUCAGGAAGUUACUGUAAUUACAAGGGUUGUGGAGAGACCGGUUUACCCUCAAGGGACCAGCGCGGACCAUUAUGCUAUGACUGCGAGUAUGCGUUUUCUCCUAAUGAAUGUGACACACUGAAGUUGUGCGAUCAGGGACAGGUUUGCAGCAUAAAAGAAACUAGAUGGGGAACACAUUCUAAUUUCAAAAUGGGUUGUGCCCAUGCACCGUGCAGUCCAGUACAACGUUCUGUGCAUGUGUUGCCACGUUCAACUCCUACUUGCCAAGCCUGUUGCAGUGAGGAUUACUGUAACUUGAAUUGCACAAUGGGAUCAGGGCAUGGACAGCCUGUCAUAGUAGGAUGAAGAGGAAGUUGGAUGAACUUAACAAUGCUCAUUAUUUAUCAUCUUCGUUCUUUAAAUUUGCAUCAUGUACGUUUUGUUCACACGUGUAAGAGAAACCAGGAGCUGAUAAAUUAUAAAGGAAAUGUUGCUAUUAUAGGAUAAAACUUCAUAUAUAUAUAUAUCAAUUUCAUCAAAAUUAUCAUUAGUGUUUUGUACAAACAAAUCAGUAAAUCAGAAUGUUAAUUUAAGAAAAUGGAUUAAGGUUGUAAACGUUGACAAGAGAAUUCUUGGAAAAACAAAACACGUACUUAUAAAGAAAAGAACUAUUAUUGAAAAAAAAGAA